UCGGAUGUUUCGUUCUUUUUUCAAUGUUUUGGCUGGAAGUACUAGUGUGAUGUCUUCAGAAAUAGCACCAACUGUUCGUGCCAUAAUCCAGCAGUGCCUGCAUGCUAGGCUGCAAGUUAAACCGGCAACUGAAGAUAGCCCAGCCGAGUUUGUUGAAAUCGAUGGAGGGAUUGUUGUUUAUUUGUGCGUCUUGAAGGGGGCUACUUCGGAAGUUGUGGCUAAACUAGUCAAAUCUGUCCUAGGUGUGCGCUUGAGUUCCCAAUCGGAAGUGAGCAAGCUCGUGUCCGUCCUAGAUCUGCCUGGAAGUGUGCUCAUAGUCCCUCAGGCUACCCUUGGUGGAAAAAUGAAAGGAAAGCAAAUGCAAUACCAUAGCAAUAUCGACAAAACUGAAGGCAAAGAACUAUAUACAUUAUUUGCAGAAAAGUGUAUUGAAGCUUUACAGGAAAGUGAGAAAUGUCAGGAAAGUGGUUGUGAGGUUAAGUUUGGUACUUAUGGUAAUAGACAAGUUUUGAGUAUUGAUACAAAUGGACCUUACAGUCAUCUUAUAGAAAUGCCUUGACUUUGAAGUAGAUGACUAUAAUAUAAAGGGUAUUGUAUUGUGACUGAUAAUUACUUAAGUGGUUGGAAGAAUGAAUGUGUUUCAUCAUCAUCAUCAUCAAAACCAUAAAUUAUUGCUCAUAGAACUCAACUUUUAUUUCUUUAA